GCAGGGGUGGAGAGCGAGGGCGAGGAGAAGGAGGGGGAAGAUGCAGAGGAAGAGGAGAUGGACGUGGAUGCUGGCAAGAAGCUGCCCAAGCGCUAUGCCAAUCAGCUGAUGCUGUCUGAAUGGCUGGUCGAUGUCCCCUUGGAUCUGGAGCAGGAGUGGAUUGUAGUGGUGUGUCCCGUCGGGAAAAGGGCACUAGUCGUGGCGUCCAGGGGCUCAACAGCGGCUUACACCAAGAGCGGCUUCUGUGUCAACAGGUUCCCAUCCCUGCUGCCGGGCGGGAACCGGCACAAUUCAACCAGCGAGAAAGUGUACUGCAUCUUAGACUGCAUCUACAAUGAGGCGAAGCAGACGUACUAUAUCCUGGAUGUGAUGUGCUGGAGAGGACACCCCGUUUAUGACUGCCAGACCGACUUCAGAUUCUUCUGGCUUUUUUCAAAGAUCCAAGAGGAGGAAGGGCUGGGAGAGAAAAGCAGGAUUAAUCCAUUCAAAUUUGUGGGCCUGCAGAACUUCCCCUGCACCCCGGACAGCCUGUGUAAGGUGCUGGCUAUGGACUUCCCCUAUCAGGUUGAUGGCCUUCUCUUUUAUCACAAGCAAACCCACUAUACUCCCGGCAGCACCCCACUGGUGGGCUGGCUCCGACCCUACAUGGUACCCGAAAUCCUUGGGCUCGCCGUGCCCGUUAACGCGCUCACUGCCAAACCGGACUAUGCCGGGCGUCAGCUCCAGCAGAUUAUUGAGAGCAAGAAGAGUAAAAAACUGGCAGCGGAAAAGGGUCACUCGAGCAACGCGGCGGCUGCGAGGAACGGACAUUACGAGCUGGAACACUUGUCUACCCCUCAGCCAGCAAACUCUCCGGAGGGCCGGGAGGAAGCAGGGAGCCAGAUGGAGGAUUAG